CCUCCCCGUCGUCAUGGAUACGUCCUAAGAGGAAGGAGCUAAAAGCUUGAGAAGUGUGCAGGCGGCAGGAUGUGGGCGCAAGGUGAGGACGGUGCAGAGUCUGAAGGCGAGAGAGGUUCAUCUUCCGAUGAUGAGAGAGACAUUCAGUGUGAGAUCCUGGAGACUCAGAGAGACGACGCCCACCAGCGGCUCUGUGACCUGGAGGCCGUCUCCUCUCAGCUCUUGAAGGAGAUGAAUGUCCUGGAGAUUCAGUUCCACAUCGAGCGCUCCUGCAGAGAGAGUGCCGAGGCGCUGGCUGUCAAAGUUACCAAAGAGAACAAAGUGCUGAAGCGGGCGAGCCAGAUGACGAUGCCGCUCAUCCCCGAGCUGCCUGAGAACUGGUCUGCCGUGACCUUUGACCCGCAGACCGACCCCCCCGAGGCUCACGGGGACGAGGGCGAAGAGACGCUGCUCCUGGAGAAUCAGGCAAAGAUCGCAGAGAUGCAGGUGUCAGUAGACGGUCUUCUGUCUGAGAAGAUGCAGCUGGAGCAACAAGUGGAGGAUCUGACCAAAGAACAGGUCCAAUUCAGAGAGCAGCUUGCUCUGGAGGUCGAGGAAAAGGAGGCCAUCCUGAGGAAAAUGAGCAAACAGAACAAGACCAUGAAUAAAAUCAACCGCGUCUCCCAGCUUGUCACAGAGGAGUUCACAGACAUGUCUCAGAAGCUGGAGCUGGAGCAGGGCCUCCGGCAGCAUGCCGAAGUCUUCGCCCACCAGAUGCUGGUGCAGCAGGCGGCGGCGGCGCGGGGGGAGAGCGGCAGCUCGGAGGUCGGCCCGCGGCUGCAGCGGGCGCUGGAGGACAUCUCCAACAUCAGCACGGCCCUCUGUGAAAUACAACGCUGCUACCGGGACCCGGUGUGUGUGUGUCUUCAGAGAAAAAGCAAAAAAAUGGUCUUCUUCAUGUCCCCCCCCCCCCCCCCCCGUCAGGCCGCCGCCCCCCCGGAGCUGCAGAACCUGAGGGAACAGCUGGAGCAGAGCGAGGAGGAGAAGACGUCCUUGGAGGCGCAGCUGUCUGGAGCCAACGGCCGCGUCACGCAGCUCCAGGAGGAAGUGCAACGGCUACGAGAGAAGAUGAGCAGGGAGGAAGAGGAGAAAGCCACUCCUGCUCCUCCUCCUCCUCCUCCUCCUCCACCUCCUCCUCCUCCUCUUCCUCCUCCACUACCCACUGCUGUCACCAAUCCACUGGAUCUCCUGAGGAAAAGGAGAGCCGAAGGUAGAGCUGAUCAAAUCAAAGCGUUGCCGUUGCUGGACAUGAAGACAACAGCGGUGGAGGAAAUGAUGGAGAGAAUAAAGAGAGGCAUCGUCCUGAGGCCCGUGGAGAAAACACAGGAGGACGACGGCUCGUGGAAGGACCAGAGAAGUGAAAACAGAAAAUCUGCCAUCCUGGAGUUGAAAGUAAUUCUGGACGACCGGAAAUGUCAGCAGCUCCGCAGACUUCCGUCCAGACGGGGACUCGGCCGCCAUGUUGUGGAGGCGGAGCUCCUGCAGGUGCUCCACAGGAGGAGGAGAGCGAUGGGGGAGAACCAGGACCAAGCAUGGGACCCUCGGCCAGGUGCGCCGCGCGCCCCGGCGGCGGGAGGCGCUCCCUGGGCCGGCGAGAGCGGCGCCGGCGCCCCGGUGCUCCGGAGGCUGAAGCAGAACCGGGAGAAGAGAGACUCUCGCAUCAGAGCAUCGGCACUGAUCGUCAGCCAGGACAACUGAGAGCCGUCAUCCCUUCUUCUUGGAGAUAGUCACUUAGAAAAGUGUUUAUUUUUCAAAGCACUGUUUUUAUUAAUGAAGAUACCAUUAAAUUAAUCAUAAAAACAGUCUCUCCAUAGUUAAUGUGGUAAAUGACUAUUCUCUGGUGUUUAAUGAAGUCUCUAUAGAGGUGUGUAGAGGCCCAUCUCCAGUGUUCUGAUGGUACGUUGUGUUAUCGCCUUAGAAGACUAACGGAGGGGUUGAAAACCAUUUUUGUGUGAGCGCAGCUGAAAACAGUUAUGCUGGUAAGAGAAGCUAUAAAAAUGUCCUUCCUUUGAGCCACAAGGUGAAGAACAACAUUCAUAUUUCAAAUAAAAAUCAAUAUUUCUAACCUUGUCAAUGUCUUGACUAUAUGUUAUACUAUUUUGCAAUUCAUUUGAUAAAUAAAAGUGUGAAUUUUCAUGGAAAACACCAAAUUUGUCUGGGUGACCCCAAACCUUUAAACAGUAGUGUAUAUAUUUCAAUUUGUCAGUGAUUUCCCAAAGGCCUCUUUUUUAAAUUUUGACCUCAAAGGAUCCAGUUUUAGUCUUUUGCAGAUGUUUUGAACGAAUUCAUGAACGCAUGGUUUAUGUUUUGCAUUCACAAUAAAAAAAUGUCUGUUGAU